UCACACUGCAAAAAACAUACAAAAAUUUGUAUAGCUUGAAUUUUAUGUCUGGAAUUCUGUAUAUAUCUGCAUCUCUAAUCCCCUCUGGAUUAAGCAAACCCGUUGAUAAAGAGCUUUUGGCACAGACCAACUGCUGCGCCCAUGACCCAACACUAAUGGCGUUGCGCAGCCGCAAAAAUGUCAUGGCCUGGAAAAUUGUUAAUAACGUUUGAAAACUUCACCGCUGGCUUGCCAGCCUUGGCAAAUCUUGGGAAGCUAGAGGGAAUUAUGGACACCAUUACAACUGGCUAUCGACGUGCGGUGGGCCUUCUUGCAGGAACCGAGGCCCAUGCAGCGCUCCGACCAAAGGCAGUAGCCCCAUUCUAUCCAGGACUGCGUUGCGGCUGCCUAGAUUGUGAGAAAUGGAGCUGGCGAACCCUUAAGCAGUUGGAGGCGCAUCAGCGUGAGCACAAUAUGGGCGACAACUGGCACUGUCGGAUCUGCUAUCGGAGCUUCUACCUUCAACACAUGAUCUGCUCCCACCUUAGGAGGAGCGUGAGGCGAGGCGGCUUCGGACAGCUAAUGGAGAAUGAAACCUACAAACAGCUGCUGGAGGACCAAAGGCAACAGGAAGGGCAAUCGAACCAGGCGCCUGCUAGGAUCCAGGAGAUGACUAUCAGCAUGCCGCAGGGCGUCCACCUCGAUUUUGUAAAGGAACUGAGAAUGGGGUCUUUGAGACCCAUCAGCUGCACAUGCGCCGUCAUCAAAAACUGGGCAAGGAUACCAUGAGAUCGUGCCUCACCGAGUGGCCUGUCGUCUGCGAUACCGGCCGUUCAAGUGUCGCAGCUGCCGCUGGAGAUUCCAAAUAUGGUCUGCUCUGAAAGCCC